CACUCCCCCGUAGAGCCACAGCAGAGGGACUGUGAGAGAGGUGAGUGACCGGUGGCAGGGCCCCUCUCCAACAGCCCUCCCCCAACCCCGCCCUGUUAGGGCGCUACCAGCAUUCCAGCAUCCCUAAGCUACUUGCUAAGUCUUGUCUAGAAGGGCUAGGUAGGAGGGAGGUGGUCUGGGCCCCAGGAACCCCAGUCAUUGUCCUGAACGGUUCAUCCACGCAAAUGUCUGGAGCAAUUUUUGCGCCUCUGGAGGGCCUGGGUACCCUGGAUGCUGCGAGUGGCCAUCCCCUCGUGUGUCCGCUGUGCCAUGCACAGUAUGAGCGCCCGUGCCUGCUGGACUGCUUCCACGACUUCUGCGCUGGCUGCCUGCGCGGACGGGCUACUGAUGGCCGCCUGUCCUGUCCGCUGUGCCAGCACCAGACCCUGGUGAAGGGUCCCAAUGGGCUCCCGCCAGUGGACCGGCUGCUGCAGUUCCUGGUGGAUAGCUCUGGGGAUGGUGUGGAGGCUGUGCACUGUGCCAACUGCGACCUGGAAUGCGGCAAGCAGGACGCAGAGACCACGUACUUCUGCAACACCUGCGGGCAGCCGCUGUGCGCACGCUGCCGCGAAGAAACGCACCGCGCGCGCAUGUUCGCAAGGCAUGACAUUGUAGCCCUGGGUCAGCGCCCCCGUGAUGUGAUCCAGAAGUGUCCGCUCCAUUCGGAGCCCUACAUCAUGUUUUCCACUGACAAGAAGUCGCUGCUAUGCAUCCGCUGCUUUCGGGACAUGCAGGGGGAGAGCCGGGCCCACUGUGUGGACCUGGAGUCAGCGUACGUGCAAGGUUGUGAGCGGCUGGAGCAGGCAGUGCUGGCAGUGAAAGCUCUGCAGACAGCCACGAAGGAGGCCAUCGCGCUGCUACAGGCCAUGGUGGAGGAGGUGAGGCACAGCGCAGCAGAGGAGGAGGCGGCCAUCCACUCCCUCUUUGGCAGCAUGCAGGACAGGCUGGCCGAGAGGAAAGCUCUGCUGUUGCAGACCGUGCAGAGCCAAUAUGAAGAGAAGGACAAAGCCUUCAAGGAACAGCUUGCCCACCUGGCCUCCUUGCUACCCACCCUACAGGUUCACCUGGUCAUCUGUUCAUCCUUCCUCAGCUUGGCCAGCAAGGCUGAGUUUCUGGACCUGGGUUAUGAGCUGAUGGAGAGGCUGCAAGGCGUCGUCACGCGGCCGCACCGCCUAAGACCAGCUCAGAGCAGCAAGAUCGCCAGCGAUCACCGCGCAGAAUUUGCGCGCUGUCUGGAGCCGCUGCUGCUGCUGGGGCCCCGCAGAGCCGUGUCCACCGUGGGCGUCGCCAACACGUUGGCGGGGAGCUCAAGCCCCAAGGUGCUGAAGACACCCAGCUGUCCCUCCCCAGUGGGAAAGAUGCCAGGGUCACCUGUCCAGAAACCCUCACCACACCGUUCCAUCAGCACGAAGGUGCUCUUGGCCGAGGGCGAGGACACACCCUUCACAGAGCACUGCCGCCAUUACGAAGAUUCCUAUCGGGGUCUGCAGGUAGAGGUGCAGAACCUGAAGGACCAGGUUCAGGAAUUACACCGAGACCUCACCAAGCACCACUCGCUCAUCAAGGCGGAGAUCAUGGGGGACAUCCUGCACAGGUCCCUGCUGUUGGACACACAGAUUGCUUCUGAGUAUGCCUCCAUGGAAGGCAUGAGAGCUGUCUUCCAGGAGAUCUGGGAGGACUCCUACCAACGGGUAGCUACCCAGCAGGAGAUUUAUGAAGCCCAGCUCCAUGACCUUCUCCAGCUGAAGCAGGAGAAUGCCUACCUGACCACCAUCACUAAGCAGAUCACGCCCUACAUCCGCUCCAUUGCCAGAGUGAAGGAGCAGCUAGAGCCCAGAUUCCAGGUACCUGUGGAUGAGCACACGGAGCAGAACAUGUACGAUGAUGCCGUGGACAGUGAGACCUCAGCCAGGAUCGACCCAGGGAGCAUCACCGAGAAGAGAGAGAGGGCAUCUGAGCCCCAUGGAAGCAGCUGGACCCCGAGCAUCCUCCCAGAAGGGCCCCCAUUAAAGAACCAAGACUACCCCAGACCCAAGUAGGAAACCAGAGAUGAGGGACGGCGAGGUGGCUCAGGGCCCAAAGCGGCUUGCUACCAAGCCUGAUGACCUGGACUGCCAUGGCACAAGGAAAGAACUAAUUUCCACACACAUCCACAAUCAAGAAGCAACGGGAAAGCAAUGAGGAUGGCAUCCCCACAUGGGGGCAGCAGCUUAGUAACUGGGUCCUAGUGAGCUGCACCCAGGUGUCGGCUUUCUCAGGACUGGCAUGCAGGCUCCAGACAUGGCUCAGGGGUUAAGAGCACUGGCUGCUCUUUCAGAGGACCCGGGGUUCGGAUCCCAUCACCCGCGUGGUGCUCACAAUCACCUGUAACUCCAGUCCAGGUGAGCUGAUGCCCUCUUCUGGCCUCUGUGGGUACCACAUGCAUGUACUGCAGACAUGCGUGCAGGUAAAAUACACAUAAAAUAUAUCUUAAAUUUAAGCUGGGGCAAAGAACAGCAUGUACCACCGCCACCUGAUUUAUUUGUUGUGCCUUUCAUCCCAGCACUCGGGAGGCAGAGGCAGACAGGUGUUUGUGAGUUCAAGGCCAGCCUGUUCUAAAAAGCGAGUUCCAGGACAGCCAGGGCUACACAGAAACCCUGUGGGUGGGGUCCUCUUGACACGGUUACCAUGUGUGGCUUCUGCAUCCUACAUAGUCACGCUUGUUCGGAGUAAAAUCAAGUUCAGUUUUAUUUAAAAAUUAGAAAGAAUAAUCCGUAUCUGUGAAAGAAAAUUCCAUUUAAUAUAUUUAAAUAAACAUUUCUGUGUGUAA